CUAGGUUACAGCGAGCCGCAGAGCAGGAGGACAGAGCUGCGCGAGGAGACGAGGAGCUAGUUGCAGCUUCAUUACCGUGUAGGUGUUUUAUCACAACAAGACAACAGAGACUGCGCGGAGCGGACAGAAAGUAAAUAACUUAAACACACCGUUGCUUUAAUUUAUUUUAAACUCGGCUGCGUGAGAUAAAAGGUAAAAAAAAAUAUAUCCAUAUGAGGAUUUGCUGUUGUGACAGUUUUCAGCUGCUCCGGUUUGGAGCGAAUAAGUGCGCGUUGCUCUCUGUGUUUCUUGCCCUCAUUUCCACCUGGAGUUGCAUGAGUUGAAGAGUUGGCAAGACAUCACCGCCGACAUGAGAGCUCAAAUAGAGGUUAUUCCGUGUAAAAUCUGUGGGGACAAAUCAUCAGGGAUUCACUAUGGUGUCAUCACCUGUGAGGGCUGCAAGGGUUUCUUCCGCCGCAGCCAGCAGAACAAUGCUAUGUACUCAUGCUCACGACAGAGGAAUUGUCUAAUUGACCGGACCAACCGUAACCGUUGUCAGCACUGCAGGUUGCAGAAGUGUCUUGCUCUGGGCAUGAGCCGUGAUGCCGUCAAGUUUGGCAGAAUGUCCAAAAAACAGCGCGACAGCCUGUACGCAGAGGUCCAGAAGCACCAACAGUCCCAGGAAUGUGCAGGGCUCAGUGUUAACGAGGAGAAUGGCGACUUGGCCGACCACAGCCGCACCUACAGGAGAGGCUCCAGCGCCGCGCUCAGCGAUUUGGACGACAUCACCACGCUGCCAGAAGGUCUGCUUUUUGACUUGCCACUGACCCCAGAGGAUGGAGGUGGGGAGUACUGUAACCUGGACAUGCUGGGCGGCAGUGGAGGCAGCAGCUCGUCCUCUCAGAGCUCACCAGAACAGACCAACUUGGACUUUGCAGACGGCAACCACGGCAUCAAGCAUGAGUACCAGCUGUUGCAUGACUCUGGACUCUUCUCACAUGCUAUCCUCAACCCGCUGCCUGAGGGCUGCUCCCUGCUUGAGAUAGAGCGCAUAACUCAGACUGUGCUGAAGUCCCACAUUGAGACGAGCCAGUACAGCACAGAGGAGCUGAAGAGAAUGGCUUGGACCUUGUAUAGUCCGGAAGAGACACGCUCAUACCAGACCAAGUCAGCUGAGGUGAUGUGGCAACAAUGUGCCAUUCACAUCACCAAUGCAAUCCAGUGUGUAGAGUUUGCCAAGCGCAUUUCUGGCUUCAUGGAUCUCUGUCAGAACGAUCAGAUUAUCCUCCUCAAAGCAGGCUGCAUGGAUGUUCUUCUGAUCCGUAUGUGUCGGGCCUACAACCCCAUCAAUAAUACAAUGCUCUUUGAUGGAAAGUUUGCAACUGCUCAUCUUUUCAAAGCUCUUGGCUGUGACGACCUUGUGAAUGCAGUGUUCGACUUGGCUAAAAGCCUGAGCCGUAUACAGAUGUCAGAGGAGGAGAUGGCUCUCUUCAGUGCUGCUGUGCUGCUCUCACCAGACCGACCCUGGCUGACAGAUGUUCAGAAGAUUCAGAAGUUGCAGGAGAAAGUCUACGUGGCUCUGCAGCGCUGCCUACAAAAAGAGGGAGCAUCAGAUGAGAAGCUAGCUAAGAUGGUGUCUAAGCUUCCCAUCAUGAAGUCCAUUUGCAACCUUCACAUCGACAAACUGGAGUUUUUCCGCCUGGUCCACCCUGAGACAGCGUAUACCUUUCCCCCUUUGUAUAGGGAGGUUUUUGGCAGUGAAAUCACCUUCCCAGACUCCACAGAGGGCUAGCACCGUGUAGCUAAAUAGCAGGAUUCAAAUAGAGACAUUGAGGUGUAGGGAGGGGAGGGAGAUAAAAAUAUGGCAACCAGCUGAGGCAAAACCAACCAGCAGUUCAAUGACAAUCCUGCACGCUACACUUUAGGACACACUCCUCUCACCUAUGAGCUCCCAGUCGUGCGGAGUAGCUCACACUGCCCUGCCAGCAAGUCCAUUCGGCUAACACUACAGCAGCUGCUGCUGGGUACUCAGUGCAUGUUACCUCUUUUUUUAGGGACUUAUAAAAGAGUAGCCGACGUCAUUUGUAUUCUCUAUUUUUCUAUGAGAAGACCUUAAACGUCUCAUAAAGCUGAAUUUGACUUUCACCGUUCUCACAGUUCCUGUAAGCUAUUUUUGAAUGUACCCCCUUUUUCCCUUUACCGUUCAGCACAGCCCUAGGCUCGAUGUAGAAUGUACAUACUUAAAAUCCUCGCUCUCUUUGUGGAGGUUUUGCAGUUAUGAUGCCUGUUUCACUUCUCAGUCCAGCCACAGUUUUAUAGUUUGAUUCAAUAU